AUGAUGUGUUCAGAUUCAAAGGCUUAUUUUUAUAGGCAACCCCCUUCAAAUCAACAGCAAGAUCCAUCGGUUUAUACACCUGCAUAUCCGCAACCACUUCAAUUAACUCAAACUAAUCCAUCAUCUUUUCAAGUUCAUAAUUAUACGGAACCACAAUAUCUUCAAACAACUUCAAACCAGAAGGGGAAUUUGCCAACUUCUCAAUCUCCACCGCAAUCAAAAGUACCGCACCAAUUACCCACUCAGCCUCAAAGUCAACAAACUCAAUUCUUAUAUCCUGCUCAUCAGGUCUACCCUCAAACCAAUAAUCCACACGUUGGACAAUCCUUGCAGCAGCAGCAGCUACAGCAACAGCCACAAAACUAUUCACCAUAUCACGAUAGUAGUAAGAAGAAAACAUCAAUUGAUUCAAACCAUUCCGGUAAUAAUAGCAAUUUCAAUCCAAAUACAACUAAUAGUGAUGAAUACCUCUCUCCCAGGGUCAAUGUGCAAUCAGUCCAAUCAAGAUAG